AGCAGUCUUAUGUUGUCCGUUCCUUUCGGGAAAAUAAAGCUAGGUUUAAUCGACCGUGAACGUUCUUUCCCCAAAUGCUCACAUUCACGUUACACGUUUUAAAGCGAAAAUUUCAACCGGGACUAAAGUGUGCAAACAUAUUUAUUUGCCGGAAUACGAAACUGACAUUUAAUCCCCGUUAACGGUCAGAUAGGUGUUCGCUACCAAGCUAAACAUCGAGUGUAAUUUGCUUUGUACUACAACUGCUGUAUGCUAUUUACUGUACUAUUUGUACUCAUUUGAGGUGACUAAAAAUGUUGCUUUGAACGUAGCACGGUAGGGGAGCAGGCUACUCCACGAAGAGGAACGCACCAGCCAUACUGUUGAGAGAGAGUUGAAUUAAAAAGAAUGGAUCAAAUUUACCAGACACACAUUGAUUACAUUGCAGCGAACGCUCCCCGUAGUUUUGACCGCAAUGAUGCAGAAACAUUGCCCUCUGGUGGGGAACGUUCGAAAUCUGAUCCAGAGCUGACGAGAAAAAGGAUUUUGCUUCGACACAUGGAGGAACACAUUUUUGGAAAGAAAGCUGCUAUUGCUCUGAAGAAGAUGAAACUGAGUGAGAAGGAACAACCAGGACCAGAUUGUGUAGCCACAACUCUCAGGGACAGAGUAACUACAUUUUUGCAGGAGCAACAAUGUCCCAGCUUUGUGUUAAAGUGCAAUAUGUUUAAGCCACCUGUUGCAAGAGAGGCUCCAAUCCGCAGAUCAGAUCAAGAAUUGCUGGAAGACCAUCACCCUCUGAAGCGACGAGUGAAAGCUCUGCUGAAGCAUAUAAAUGGUCAUCCAAGUGUCUUUGUAUCAAACCACCCGGUUCCUGAUCACACGGCCAUUAGACCUCUUGCUGCACAAUUAUUUCCCAGACCACCACCUAUUGCAACGCCUCCUCGCAGUUCAAGUGUUACUUCACCAGACCAGGAGGAGAGUGACGCCAACAAAGGCUUUGAGCGCUUUCUAAGCUUGCUCAACAGUGGAGUCAACAUCGAACUGUUAAGUAAGAUUGUCAACGAUGACAGCGAAGAUCUCAAUUCAGAAGACGGGUCCGUGAACAUUAAGCCCAAUGAUGUCAAGGGCGUUUUAGAUGUUCCUAUUGGCAGUGAAAACCACAAAUGUAACAAUUAUACUCUGAUACCAGAGGGAACAGAGCGGUCCACUUACGAACAGUCCUCCUGUGAGACACACUCGCUGUCUGAUGACAACAAGAACAGAAAAGACAGACAAAAGUGCUCUUUAAGCCUCAGUGAUCGAUCCGAAUCUCCCCCAACAAUAGAGAACAAAAAGGAAAAAGAAAAACCGGCAGAGGUUGAUGGGAGGUGUGAACUGCUUCAGAACAUCCUAAACACUCUGGGCUUGAACCUGGAAACCGAAGAGCUGAACAAACUAACAGAACGGACUGAAGAGAGACUGUAUGGGAAAAGGAAUGAGAGAAGUCCAGUGGCCACCAGCAUAGUGGAGCAUGACAGUACUAGUAGUAGUCACAGUCCCUCUCGCAUGCAGAUCUCCAAGAGCAGGAACUCUAUGGAUCAUCACAGGGAAAAGUAAUUUUCCGAGUGCAGCGACUCAAGAAAGAGCAGAGAGGAACUUUCUUUAUUUUCUUACCAAGAUGAUGUAACAGUACAGAGGAUUGCUGGCAACAACCAAGAUCUGCAAACCUUUGAUGAAACCCAUCACGCACAUUCCAGCCAGGAGUGUAAUACUGUUUCAGGUAACGGUUUGCCUGAGCAUUCUCAAUUCAAUGCUUCUUUCAACGGUGACAACAGUCCUUGCUGGACACACGCUCAUGGUUCCAGUUCCAUGUUCUCUUUGCCUUACUCAUUGUAUACAGACCACUCUCACCCCUCAAUUGCUUCCGCAGACUCUGAAUUAAGCCACUAUGUCUACCACUCCCAUGAACAUGUCUAUAAGAAUCCAGACCUCUCCUUGAACGAAUGUCAGUUUGGCUCAAACACUGGCCCAGGUUGCCUGCAAACAGUCGAACUGUCACGCCAUAGUGGUGAAUUAAAAGCUAAAAAAAAGAAAAACAAUGAGAUACAACUGUAUCUGAGAAGUAAUGAAAAGAUACUAAAACCAAUAAAACUGACAAGUGACCUUCCAAAGAUGAUGGAUCCUCCGCGCGGCACGAAACACCAAGAGGUUUAUCAUCCAAGAAAGGGGAAACAGCCACCAACAGAAGAGGAAAUUAAGCAAAACUGAAAAAAAAAAGGUUGGUACAAUGUUUAUUUUUACAUUUUAUCAUUCUGCUCUCUUUCCGAUAAAAACGAGCAAGAUCCAAUAUGUUGAUGUAGCCACCGAGGAAGAGCCCACCACCUGUCAAUAUGACGACGCGUAUGUAGCAGUUACUGUAACCAAGAUGGGAGACGAGGAAAGACUGGUGUGUUGUUUCCUUUAAUGUUAAUACGAUUAAAAUGUUAUGCAGAGAUAUAGUUAUAACAAUUUUACAGACAAACUAUACUAUUUAUAGUCACGGUGGAGAGUGGGGGGGGGCGCGCAAAAUAUUUUCUUCUUCCGAUGUGGGGCGUAACAAAAUAUUUGAGAAGCACUGCUAUAAGCUAACCUGCAAAACCGCAACAUUGACACAUAACACACAGUUAAUGAUAUUGAUUGUCUGCGUGUGAACUGUUUCACAUUGUAACGACCUAAUAGUUAGUAUGUGUGUGGUCUUUGAGUUGUCCGACUGUUUUUGCGGUCGUGAACACAUCACUGGCUGAUUUGAGUGCGCGCGCCAUUUGGUGUGAAUGAAAGAAAGCGAGCGGUUGCUGCCAAUACAACCUAAAGUUUGUUUUAGUGUGAUUACGACAGAAAGUGAUCAGUUUUGCAUGAUAGUAGUUUUGUUGCUGAUGUUGUUUUGGUGUAGUUACAACCGACAGUAAUCAGUUUUUCUCAAUAAAAUGAUUGUUGAUGCAGACCACCUCCUUCCCCUCCUUACAACGUCUCGGCUGAUGUCGUCAAUGUCUGUUGUGAUCACUUAUUGAAAAUGAUACGGAGGAAAUUGUGUUCAUUUUGUUUAGAGUUCAGGUUGGAUUUGGAUUGUGUGCUCUGCAUAGAUUUUCCAUGCGCGAAGUAAAUCGGGAGCAGUGCGCAGGUGCGCACCUUAGAGGGAACAUUGCCUCACACUAAGCAUUCGUUGCACAAACAUACUAGCUUUGUUAGACAAGAUCAUAGACUGUAUUGGACAAUAUAGUUUACAUACAAAAUGUCCAUUUACAUUUAUUACAAGUAAUAAGAAAACGUAAAUGCCUUACUUGCCUAUCAAGGAAGAAAUUAGCAAGUUUGGCAUCAGAUGAAAACAUCUUCUCCCCCUUCAAUCGUCUCCAUCUUUCAAAGGCAUCCCGAUACAAAUCCUCAUUUUGUUCCUGGCUUUGUCAUGAAUAAGUUGAGAAUCGUAAUGCCGCCUUUUAGCUUUACUAAGGUCUGACAUGUUUAGUAACUUUACCAGUGGCAGUAGCUAGACGAAGGUGGCGGUGCGUAACUGGCAACCUGGAUGUGACACACUCACAGACUUUCUAAUUGGUCAAAUGGUAGAGGGCGGGACAUGAAAAUGAAAACAAUAUCAAGAUUUCGGGGCUGUAAAUCUAAUUUUGAAAUGAGCAUAUCCCAGCUGAACUACUGUUAUCGAGUUAUAGAGGUAUUCGAAAAUAAUAUGAUUUAUUAAUGCCUUUUGACAUAUCAGGGCUUGACUUGACAUUGCAUAUGGCACCUUUAACUUGUGCAAAGCUGGACAGCCAGUUAACAUCAAUAUUUCCUCCAAUAAGCACACAAGGUUGGCCUUUUCUUGUGUUUUAGUCAAGUCAUUUACAAAAGGUAAACAUAUAGGUUAAUAGGAACUGGGACUUUUGGAGUGCCGAUAGAGAGAGAUGGCUCAGAAAAAUUACGACAAAUUGGAAUGAGCGCAAAGAACCCUGAGAAUAUGAGAGAGAGGUUUUGUGAUUAUUUAAAACUGAACACAGACUUUGUGGUGAAAUGUUUACACAAUCAAACGGAGCAUAUUUAAAAGGUAACUGCACAGUUUUUGGAAUUGUAUUUUAUCUAUCAGUCACAAUCAUUAUUAGAGACAAGAAGACAAAAGGAUGUUUUUUUUCCCGCUUUCUAACAAUCUGCUCAUUCUUGGUGGCUAGCAAUGCAGCUAAUGAAAGCAAUCAAUUGUACCUCUAAAUCACUUUAAAAAUGCAAUCAAAAUCGUCAACAAUACUUAAUUUACGUACAUAACAAAGCUGUAGCAACAUUGUUAUUGUAAGAGUAAACACUGAGGAACUAUUUUAUUAGCAUAGUAACACAUUGCCAUGCUACGGUAUUAGCCCUAAAAGCUAACUACGACAAGAGAUAUGCUAGUUUCGACGUCAACACGAAACACGUUUGAGUUUGUAAUGCACAACUCUGUGAUACGACACCAAUUUGUACGGACUGAUAAACAUGAACAAUAAUAUAACAGUAUCCGUAAAGUAUUAGCCCAUAUUUCAUGUUUUGUUUGUACACAGCUAGCCAGAUAGUUCAACUACAGUGCAUGCGCUAACAUGCUGAGUGUAUCAUGAUCGAUAUUAAAGUGACUCACUCGUCUGUUCCAGCUGCCCGGGCACGUUUCCUGUUGAGUUUGGGUACGCACUCCAUUUAUGUCGAAAUAGCUUUGGUCCAAGUUCCAUAUUUGUAGUGUCAAAAUCGCUUUCACCUCGCUCUCCCGGCUUCCGUCUGCUCCAACGUCUCACUCUUCUUUCGUGCUGGCUUCUAUAAGCAUCAGUAUAUUUAGCUUCAGUUGUAUGAGGUUGUGAAUCCUAAUUUGUCCGUUACCAAAUCUUCCAGGAUUAGAAAACACACUGUUCCGGAAGUAGGAACACACAGUUGAUGCCAGAAGUCAGACUGCUAUGGAAACAGAAAUAAAUGCGAGAGAGAAAUCAGUCCCGGAAAUGAUUAAAAUGAUCAAAAUACCUUGGAAGAAUUUAACCAGAAGAACAAACCUCACACCAUUCCAAAAUCGUGACACACAAGGUUUGCUGAGUCUCACCUGUUCCCUCGCCGUAAUUUUUCUACUUGCCCGACUUCUCAAAUCUACUUGCCCCAAUAUUUUUACUUGUCCUGCCUAGAAUUUUUUCUGGCUGUGUAGUGCUCAUGGCUUAUAUCUUACUAAAAUCCUUCCCGUUGACUAUUUACAACACUACACAGUAUUUAUUAUUAUUAUUAUCUAUAAUUACAUUUAAAUGGCAUUGCAUACAUGUAAAAUUAAAUGCUAUUUCACAUUAUUUGACCAGUAGCAGUUACACUCAUCUGAACAGGUCAGCCACCUGUUUAAAGCCCGAUCACAGUUGAAAUCUUGAAAUGAAGGGCCUUUAAUGGCCAAAACAUUAACCUGGACAACAUUUUAACAGCUGGUUGGCUCAGAUUUUAUUCUUUUCAUUGCAUUCACAUGCUGCAGUGGACAGUGGACAUUUUAGCUUGAGUAUUAAUGUAGUAUCUGAAGCACCGUCUCUACGUGUGUUUAUUGACAACAGGGUUAUAACCUGGACACGUUAGCUCGUCGGUAUGGCAACACGCAGGUACGUGCACAUGAUUAUAGAGGGGCAGGGGCUCAAAGUCAGAAAAGGGCAGGAAAUAUUUUUUUGGUCCUUUACACAAUAUGGAAAUUAAUGUAAAAUUAAAUUUGCUAAUAGGAAGCUAACUACUUAGCUGUGUGUCCUUUGUAGGUAAAAGUGAUUGCCAUUUCUUUUGUGUCAACAAAUUAUUGUCAUAAUGAGUUACCGGUAAUUCACAUUAUCAUAGGCUUGGAAGACAUGAAAAGCAACAAAACACUGGUUUAUUAUUAGGCUAUUUAUUGUUAAAGAUAAGCACUUUAAUAUUGAACAUUGAACAGUGCAACAUGAACUUUGAAAAAAAAUACAAAAAUAAAUACCCAAAUGGAAAAAACUUCAAUGUGAAAAUCUGUCCUUCUUCCCUUAACUUGAUGAAAACACCAUCAAGUUGUAAUGGUCUUUCUCACUUAAUGCUCAGACUAAACAACUGAAACGCAGGAUGGAGGCCACCCACACCCAAAUAUGCUCCUCAAUGUAAAUUCAGGGCUUCCAUGAAAUGCUGUGAAAUCAGUGCACAGCAACCUUCUGGGGGCCUGUAGAUGUUGAUCACAUCAUUGUGAUUUAUGACUACGUCUUUUUCAAUGGAGAGGAGAAGGAGAUCAGACAGCCUCUCCUGUGCAUAGGCCUCUGAGUGAGUUUUUGACCAGCUUCAGUUUAGAAAAAGACCUCUCUACUGUGGCAGUGGACACUGGAAUCGUGGCAUAUGUUUUCAUCAUUUCUUCCAGUGCUGGAAAGAUGUCAUGUCCACUGUUGUCUCUUAUAAAUAAUGAUAAAUGGGUUAUACUUGUAUAGCGCUUUUCUACCUUCAAGGUACUCAAAGCGCUUUGACAGUAUUUCCACAUUCACCCAGUCACACACACAUUCACACACUGAUGGCGGGAGCUGCCAUGCAAGGCGCUAACCAGCAGCCAUCAGGAGCAAGGGUGAAGUGUCUUGCCCAAGGACACAACGGACGUGACUAGGAUGGUAGAAGGUGGGGAUUGAACCCCAGUAACCAGCAACCGUCCGAUUGCUGGCACGGCCACUACCAACUUCGCCACGCCAUCCCUCUUAGUGUUCUUAAGAUCCCCUUCAGUGUGAGAGUGUCAUGGAAUGAUGCAUAGAAAACUCUGAGCUCUGUCUUCAGCUUCUCUUCUUCUCCUCCAUAGAAUUCGCACAGCAUGUAGAAUGUGAUCCGCUGUAAACACAGUGCAUUUUAUUUUGAAAAUUAACCCGGUGUUUUAUUUUGUAUUUUGUACACUACUUCCUGUCCCGCACGAUCCGCUCUGCUCUGUGCGGAAUUGAUGUGCCGUGCUCAAUUGAUGCGCCUUGCUCCGACGUCCGGCAAAAACAGAAGCUGACACAUUGAAUAAUAGAAUAAUACAGCGUUUUUCUGAAAUAUUACCCAUAUUAGAUGCUGAAUAAGUGGACGGCGACUAGACCAUAACUCACAGGUCCAAGUUGCUCCACUGUCACGUCUCCUCAGGGGCGCAGUAACUUGGCUCUCUCUCCUCUCGCUUACUCACUCACUCGCCUCUCUCUCUCUCUCUGGCGGAAGCGGCAGGCUCAAACAACCCGGUAUUACAAGAAAACGUGGAGUUUUUGUACCGCUGUUUUUUUUGUUUUGUUUUGUUUUUCACAUCCCUGACAGGAAUUUAUUAAUGUUGUUUAAAGAAAAAAAAAGAAAAAAAGAAAAAAAAACACACACAGGCAGAGGGCACUUUUUAAGACGAGGCAAAAAAAGGGCAGGGGCUCAAGCACCCAUAGGGCCCUAUGUGUGCACGUGCCUGGCAACACGUGACUGUUACUACGUGCGUCUGCCCCGGUCCCCGAGUCAAACAGCGGCGGUGUUAAUGAAGCAGUGUCAGGCUGCUCACCGUCAGUGAAACGCUCGGUGAAAUCGCGGAUUAACGUUAAAUAUAUGACGAGCCGCGAGCGAUGCAGCUAUAACUUAUCUACCUAUUACCUAUAUUACCCUUGUAUUUUGAUCUCGUCCGUCUUCGUCUUCUUCGUCUUCGUCUUCAUCUUCUUCUGGUCCACCAGGUGAAUUAAGUGCUAUUGGCGGAGUUACAAUGCAUAGUAGGCUACCGCCACCUACUGCACCGGAGUUGUAACUACAAGGUACAUUCACAGACAGAGUCCCAUUGCUUUUAUGAGCGGUCGAGCGAGUCAAAAGCCGAAAAAUCCAUUUGUGGCGGACGUAAUUCUUUCGUGGCGGGCCGCCACAAAUAAAUGAAUGUGUGGGAAACACUGAUAUAUAUGUAUUUAUAUAUAUAUGUAUAUACAUAUGUAUAUAUAUAUGAGAUGUCCAAUAAAUGCGUUAAAAUGUAAUAUCGGAAAUUAUCGGUAUUGUUUUUUUUAAUUAUCGGUAUCGUUUUUUUUGUUGUUUUUUUUAUUUUAUUAAAUCAACAUAAAAAACACAAGAUACACUUACAAUUAGUGCACCAAACCAAAAAACCUUCCUCCCCCAUUUACACUCAUUCACACAAAAGGGUUGUUUCUUUCUGUUAUUAAUAUUCUGGUUCCUACAUUAUAUAUCAAUAUAUAUCAAUACAGUCUGCAAGGGAUACAGUCCGUAAGCACACAUUGUGCGUGCUGCUGGUCCACUAAUAGUACUAACCUUUAACAGUUAAUUUUACUCAUUUUCAUUAAUUACUAGUUUCUAUGUAACUGUUUUUAUAUUGUUUUACUUUCUUUUUUAUUCAAGAAAAUGUUUUUAAUUUACUUAUCUUAUUUUAUUUUAUUAAUUUUUUUUAAAAGUACCUUAUCUUCACCAUACCUGGUUGUCCAAAUUAGGCAUAAAAAUGUGUUAAUUCCACGACUGUAUAUAUCGGUUGAUAUCGGUAUUGGUUGAUUUCGGUAUCGGUAAAUAAAGAGUUGGACAAUAUCGGGAUAUCGAAAAGCCAU